CAGAGUCUCAAAAAAGUAAAUAACUAUUUGAUUGACAUUUGGAUUGAAUUUGAUUUUCACACAAAUUAGUGAAAAUCACACACUUUUAGCACAUUAUUAGACAUCGAUUUAAUGAUAAUAUCUGUUGAAUGGAUGCCAUGUCUGCGGAGGAGAGUCGUCUUGACGUGUGCUUAGCGAAGACAACGAAUCCACUGAACGAAGACAUCGAUUGCGAUGACUUGAAGGCGUUGUCUGAAGCGAUCAACGAGAAGAGCGAUGGCCCGCAGAUUGCCCUCAGAUUUAUUGCACACAAAAUCCAAUCGCCGCAAGAGAUUGAAGCCUUGCAUGCAUUGAAUGUUCUGUCGAAACUGAUCCCAAUCUGUGGCCACCGACUGGUGGAUGAAAUCGGAAAGUUUCGCUUUCUCAAUGAAGUCAUCAAAGUGGUUUCGCCCAAGUACUUAGCGCACAGAUCUUCGCCUAAAGUAAAGCAACGGAUCAUUGAAUUAAUGUUUGUGUGGAGUCUUGAGUUGAAAGAAAUGCCCAAAAUCUUUGAGGCGUAUCAGAUGCUUAAGAAGCAGGCCAUCAUCACCGAAGACCCCACUCACGUGUUGCCCAACUAUAAGCCUCCGACACCACCCCUCCCGCGACCCAAGGAUGAGAUAUUCGAUGACGAAAAGAACGCUCAGUUACUGCAGAAACUGCUCAAAAGUGGCCGACAGGAGGAUCUCGACGCAGCCAAUCGUCUCAUCAAAUCGAUGGCCAAAGAGGCGGACAAACGAAUGGAUCUGAAGACGAGAUUUGAGUCGGAGAUCGAGACGGUGUACAACAACGCCAAUGUCUUGUCUGAGAUGUUAUCGUUUUAUUCAUCAAAUGAUAGCUCGUAUGAAGAGAAGGAUCUGAUGCGAGAACUGUUUGAAAGCUGCGAAAGACUGAGAAUACGUUUAUUUAAAUUAGCGAAUGAUUUCAGUGAAGACGACCCCAAUCUGACCACUCUUUUCAAUGCGAACGACGAGUUGACUAAAGUGAUCAAUAGUUAUAAACACAGGUUUGGUGUUGUCUCCAAAGAUACUUCCAAUCACUCGGGCGUCACUCAAACCAAUCAAAUAAGUCUUUUAGACGUUACGUCUCCAGUACUUGAAUCCGAGAGCAUAGCCAAUGACGUGGAACUACUCGACGAUCACUUUUUUACAUCCGGUCUUUCAAAUACAAACGGCGCUAAAAAUAAUACUUUACAUGAUUUACAAGAAUUAGGGGAAAUAUUUUCACAAAAUAAGGUAGAAUUAUCACCGCUUAAGAACUCUUUAGUCAAUGAUAUUUUACUCCCGGAACCGAUAAGACCAUCGAAUUCUAGUACAUUAGUGAAUGAAAGUGAGAAAAUGUCCAAAUCUGGUCCAAUGUCUGCGUUGGCAGAACUCGAGGCUCUGAGUCAGUCUCUCAUCAAAAGCAAUCUCUCGAGCGAUGAAUUUGCACACAAAUACAAUCUCUCGAACAGCGAUCAGCCAAAGACCUCUUUGAAUGAAUUACAAAGACUUCAGUCAAACGCUAAGAUAAUGAGUCAAAAGGAGAAGAAUGAAACCAAUGAUUCUGUGCUA